CGCAGACGGCAUUGAGAAGGAAAUUUUUCUGGCAAAGGCAAAUGCUUUAUACAGUACUUAUUUUGUUGUGUCUCAAAUAUAAAUAUGCCCGAUAAUCGAGCUAGAUAUAUAGCCACAGCAAUACAGGUUAUCCUUCUUGGUGCUGUGACAUAUUACGGUGUAAAAUGGUUAGUAGAUGUGCUAGAUCCGACAAAAAAGAGUCGCUUGGCUGCUCAAAAACAGGUGAGCGUACGUACGUCAAACUAAACCAACAGCUUCAGCCUAAAACCGAAGCUUAAUUUUCAAACUGAAGUCAUGUUACCAAGUAGAAAAACAAGGUGCAUCAGUAAGGAGAUGUUGUAAUUUUCUAGACAAAUAAUCUGUUUUGGCCUUUCUUUGUGAUAUUUUUUAGGGUGAACAACUGUUAAAGAAAAUUGGUGUUCAAGGAGUCAAGGUAGGGUACAGCCCAGUAUCAGGGCUGUUUUUUAAAGGCCGGGGAUUUCUCCUGGCUGCUAUAAACAUCAUCCCCGGCUGCUUCUAUAGGAAAACAGAGGAAAACUAGAUCCAAAAGCCGAAAUCAAUAGCUGUUUGAUUCCUCACCUAAAUCUUGUAUUUUGCCGGCAACUUGAAACAUUCAAUGAAAAGGUGGUUUUGUAAACUAAAGCAUGUUUAGUAAAAUAAAUAAUAUUAUAUAGACGUUGUUAAUAUUGGUUAGUUUUAAAAACUUCCAAUAUUGCAUCGGCAUGAUUUGCUGUUAACUGCUAAUUUAAUCUAGUGUGGUUGAAAGGAGCUCACUGUCUCACUACUGAACAACAACAAAACAUUAAAGUUGGAUUUGUAAACCAUUUAAGCCAAUCAUAAUUUAAAUUGCAAGUUGAGGGCAUUUCAUCAAAUCUAGGUACAGCUGUACAAUGGUAGGACAUAUGAGCCCCUAGGCCAAACAUAUGGACAGGAAUUAUUGGAACAUGGAUGACUUUAAUAGUUCAGAUGCCCGGGGGGGUUGCCUGAAGUCUAUUUAUGUUUUGGUUGUAAACAUUGAUGCUAAAAUAAAAAUAACAUUAAUUUGUAGUUUUUUCCACCUACCUUGUAGUUAAGUGAAUAUGAGCUGACAGUAGCAGCUGAUAUUGUGGAUCCAUUAACUCUGCCAAUCACUUGGAAGGAUAUAGGAGGACUCCGAGAAACAAUUGAUGAAGUCAAAGUAAGACUAAGCACUUAUGCUCCAUUUGAAUGUUAGGGCUUUAACCAGGAAAAAGUGCAUUUCUUGUCUUGGAUUUCUCUGAUUUUCAACAAACAUGAUUGUGAAACAUUGUUGUACCUGUGACCCUUGGCAACUUAGUCUUGAGUUUGGGUGACGAAGAACUCUUAGUGUGCUUUCCAUUUGUCAAAACUGGCUGGCCAGACCAUUCCUGCUGUAAUGAGAAUUUCACCUUUUAUCAAAACUGUCCAGCCAGAUCAGUCAAUUAAUUAAAUCAAUAUAUGCAUGGGGUUGAUGGCUUUUGUUGUGAAAACUCCUUAAAGAGCCUCUUUCAUUUUCAAAAUGACUAGUCUAGCUGGCCAGUUCUGACUUUUGGAAAGUGCCCCUUACAGUUUCAGCACAUGUCAUAAAAUUUAAUGUUGGACACCCUAGAUUCAUGGGUUUAAAGAAUCAGUUAUUAUUUUUCCUAUCUAACAAAGCCUUGGUUAGGUACUCAGUGUUCAAUCUAGAAAUUGGUCAAAGUGGGUCAUAUGUCCCACACGGCAUUUUAAAUUCAAGGGUCAUUUAAAAAAUGGAGUUGGUCAAACUGUGAUAUUGAAUCUUUGAACAACUCUUAUGGACAUCUUAAAGCUUUUGAUACUCAACUGCCAUUCUCUUUCUUGUAAAAAAUGAACUUACACUGUAGCUUUUGUUGCCAUUUCAUAAUGGAACAAAAACAAAAGAACAAAGUCAGCAAAUAAAGGGUGAAUCGAUCGGCAAAGCACUGUAUGCAGAGAGUUCAUAUGUACGCUCUGGUCUCUCUCAGAAUUGGGUGGAAUACCUGACAUAAAAACUACUUGUAAGCACGCAGUCUGAAAUUAAAUGACAGUCAUUCCGUAUGCUCAUUUCAGACUAGCAAGCACACCUUUUCUUAAAAUUUACUUUUAUUAUUACCUGCUGCGUUGGAAGUACUUAUAUAUAUUUCAGGAAGCAACCUUUUUUGUGUCCGCAUGACUCCAUGAUAAUUUCAUUUUGGUUCAGAAAAGAACAUUCUAUGUCAAUGAUGCAAAAAGGCAGCCUAGGUUGAACACUGGGUACUUUUUUCGAAACAGAGAUUAGAUGGUUUAACUAAUAAUUUUUUUUGUUGAUCAACAAAUGAAUGUUGUAAUUCAAAAUAACUUAAUAGUGCAUCAUGCCACAAUGAAGGCUGAAGUAGCUAUUUAACUUGUUGAACAUUAUAUAGGCUCUGUUGUAUUCAACAAGUUACAAUUUGCUAAACAAAUGAGAGCUGAAACAAUAAUAUUGUUGAUGAUCAAAUCUUGAACUGUGUGUGGCUGGCUUUCAAAUGCUUCAGCCUUCUUUUGCUGUAUAAUUUAGACUCAUUUCAUAAUAUAAAUGGUGUAUAUGCAUGUGAUUAGUCAUACUUACACUGUUCUGCUUUUUAUCCUCAUUUAGGAAACAGUGAUUUUACCCAUACAACAAAAAGAAAUUUUUCAAAGUUCCUCUCUUCUUAGUGCACCUAAAGGUAUUUUUUUUUAAAGUAUUUAUUAUUAUAAUGACAUGGACAAAUACAAGGGCUAAACAAAAGCUUUUGAACCCUGUUUUCUUUUGUUUUUUUUUUCUGUUCCUUUACCACUGAGGCAGUAAAAAAGACUUCAUUCUAAGUAUCAGUAUAAUUAUUUUGCACAAAUAUAUAUAUAUGCUUAAACUGAGGAAACAAUUUUGGAGUUCUCUUCUUUAGAUGAGAUGGCCAUAAAUUUUUAAGUGUUCAUUCAUGCAACAUGAAAGUCUAGGAUUUGUACUUCAGAUGUAACAUAUCAAGAGACACUUGUGAAACAUACAAUAUCACAGCACUAUAGCUUGCAAUUUGCUGAAACCACAAAAGACAAUGUUACCCUCACUUAAACGGCAUGUUGUUUAACCUGCUAGACCCUUUCUUUCUUGUUUUAAAUUUUUAAGGUGUACUACUGUAUGGUCCUCCUGGCUGUGGAAAAACUAUGAUUGCCAAGGCCACAGCAAAAGAAGCCGGUAAGAAUGUUUGUGGGUUAUUUUUUACUUUGAUAUAAAUGUCCGAUCUUAGAUUUUCCUUCUGUACCUUCUCCCUUGAUUUCAGGUUGUCGUUUUAUUAAUUUACAAGUGUCAUCUUUAACUGACAAAUGGUAUGGUGAAUCACAAAAGCUUGCUGCUGCCGUUUUUUCUCUGGUAAGCAUUGAUUUAUUUUUCAAAUAUAUGUUGUGGUUCAAUUUUAUCCUUGGUUUCCAUUUUAUUUCCUUUUGUUUUUGGGGAAUAGUAUCGUAUGAUAAUGAGUUUGUUUUUUAAUUCAACAAAGAAAAAGAAAAACUACGGGCAAUUUUAUUGUAAAACUAAUUCUGUUCAUCCAUUUGUAUCUCCAGAGUUACCUUAUUCAGUGCCAUUUUCUGAGAAAAUCGAGAAUCGCAAGACACUCGUCAAAAAAUCGAAUUUUUUAUUAUUUUGCCAAAACAUCCCUUUUAGUGACCUAAUUUAAGGAAAAAUAGUUUUGGGUUCAAACGAUUCAUUUUAAAGGAGAAAUUAAAAAAAGUUUGAAAAAUCGAUUUUAUUCCUGUUUUUCGAACAAAACACGGCAGGAUGCAAUGGCAACUUCGAGAGAAGGGUGAACGUGUAAGAAACAUUCCCUGACACUGAAACUUCACCGAAUUAUUAUUUUGUUCUUACUCUUGAAAACCUUAAAAGAAAAUUUGAAAAACAAUGUCUUAUAUUUUUAUAAUCGACAAGUCUAAAGAGGUCAUAUUUGUGACGUUAGACAUGCUAGAAAACGAAGGCCAACUUUGACUAUUAAAAAAGGCCUCUGGUAUAUGCCGCUUGAUCAUAAAAUCAAUGUAAAAUGGAACCUUGGCUUUUGUACUAACUUACUGGAACGUUUUAGCUCUGGAAAUCAAAUACCAUCCUGACACCAAAGCAAGCGGUGAGAGCAAUUGAAUUGGGAAAUUUAUGCAAAUUAGAUGGCUUGCGGACGGUUGUCAAACUAAAAAGAAAGGUUUUACAUGAAAGGAUUACUCACCAUUGCUUGUAACACGUUUUUACGGCAAGGAAAGUUAUUUCCAACUUCUUUGAGUCACAAAAUCCAUAAUUUUAAGCCAAAAGGUCCAAAAGACAAACGUACGUUUGCUCAGCGACUGCGCCAGAAUCCGGCCGUGAAUCGAAAUAAAGUCACAACACGUCACUGCGGUCCUUUGGAAGCAAGAGUUGCAAGAGUUGCAAGAGUUUUUACUUCAGUCAGGAGGCCAAAAGAUUGAAAAUUCAUCGCGAACUAAUGACUUCGAUUUUGAAAACCUUUCAUCACUUCAAUCGUUCGUCGGCUGAUAAUAAACAUCGCACAAGAUCGUAUGACCUUUGGAGUGUGACCGGAAAUCGGUCACACGCUUAAGUCACGUUAGCAUACUGUCACAAAUUUUAAUACCAUUUUUCACGUUUGCUUUCGACAAAAAAUAGACUCAUCGAAAUAAAAUCAGGCCUGCUUUAUUUGUUUGUUUGUUUUUUUAAUUUCUUUUAUAGCCUGCAGAACUUGUUCCCCAUACAUCGCGCGUGUCUCGCACCCCCAGUCCGCUUCGCAGUGCUAGCAUGAAAAGCGCAAAAAACUGAAAUUGACUCCUGUUCUGCAGUUGAUUUCUUUUAUAGACACCUUCUAGGCAUUGACAGUCUGUGAAAAAAGUGUAUUUUUUUUUUAUUAUUUUUAUUUUUUGAAGUGCUACAUCAUUUUCCUAUAAAUUUCAAACGUGACUGCUAAAAGACUGUUUGGAACCCAUGGAUGGAGAAAAGCUGUGCCGGAGAGAAGGUCAACCUCCCAGCCGAGCCAACGUUUGCGAGCGUUUGUAUGAGGAAAAAACUGACCACUUUGUCCGAGUCAACAGUGCUUGCGCAUGCUGUCUUUGUCUAGCCUUGACCAAAGUGAAGAAAUAUUAGCCGGGCUAGAAGGGUGAGGCUACCACUACCGGCUCAGUGGAGGGCUGACUUCCGGAAGCUCUCAACCCCGCCCACUACUGGUAGUAAGGCGUCUAUCCGAACCAACCUUUUGUUUCUCAUGUAAAUGGUUUAAUUACCAAGUUUUGUAAGGAAAUGGAGGAAAAGUUGGCUCACCCAGGGUAGCUUGGGAGGUGAGUAAACACCAGAUAACCCCAAUAAUAAGCACAAACUUUGAUUGUCAGUUAGAUGUCCACUAUUUUAAGUAAGCGACCUGGCAUGUGAUUGUCGCAUCCAUGCCCCCUUCCAGAUCCCCUUUAUUAUCGGUAAGCCUCUGAUAGGUCAAAGUAAUACAGUCGUACCUCCAGUAAGCGACCACCAAAAAUGCAAAGACUUAAUGGUCUCUAACGGGAGGUGGCCGUUUAGAAGAAUCGGACCACAUGGGGUGUAUUCCGAGAAGAGGUCCGGGCACAUUCUAUUAAAUGGCGGUGUAACAAAUUCCUGGCAAAAUAUUAUCUUUUACCUCUUUUGAAAAAUACAGCUUUUAAAUCAUGCUCAAUUUAAAGAGGGAUUCAGGUGAGUGAGAUAUAGAAUAGUCUAGAAUCACAACAGAAUCUUCACUUUGUUGGCUACAUCUACUAAGUUAGGAUAUGUGUAGUUCCACGAUGUCACUAAAGGUCUUCCAUAUUUUCCAAGGAACAUAGUGCACACAGCAAAAAUAGAGAGCAGAGAAUGCGUCAACUGGUCGCUUAUGGAAAACAAUUAACCCAAAAAGUGAUCGCAGUCACUUGCAGAAGGUCGUUUACUGGAGGUUAAUCCAAAUAUAAGGCUUUGAAUGGGAAAAUUUGGUCUUUUGGAUUGGCGGUCGCACAUGGAGGUUCGACUGUGUUAGGUCUAUUAGAGUAUGAGCCACCAUCACCUCACUGUGAGCCAGGAACGUAUAGUAUACACUCCCUUAGGAUGCACAGAAUCGUUGUUUUGAGGUCCCGUUUAGCGAAAUGGAUCAUUCAAGGGAGGUGCUGAAGUCCCAUAGUGAAAUUUAUAAGGUUUAUGGGUUUUUAGUGCAAGGCGAAACACAAUACUUAGGGCCCUGUUGUUGAAACGUUGAACAACAGGAAAUCACUAUCAAGUGAAUAAGAUGAAGCAAUUGCGUUACUUAUUGGAUGUAGAUUUAUCCAGGGGAAAGCGUUAGUUCCGGGGGCGUUAGUCAACUUUUCUAACAUACUGCCCCUAAGUCACUCUCCUCCGAAGACUUACCCUGGGCGACCUGGAUAGGGGAAUAUAAUACUCGACCUUCCUUGCAUCAUCGCGAGAGCCUAUAGCCUUCACUUUCUUUUGGCUCGUCCUAUAAUCCUACCCAACGUUCGUGGGACAGGAAAGUCUGCGUGCGAGGCUUGGGAAUCUAGGGAGACUAUGGUAGCAUGGUGCAAAUAGCCGGGAUGAGCUACUUUGUCCACACGAACCAAGAGGAUUGUGUCUGCUAGAAGAAAUCAGAUGUAGCUUUCUGUGAUAAGUAAUAUUCCAACAUUAUAGGAUCAUAGUUUGAAGCCAUUUCACAAUCACUAGUUUCCGCGCCACUCUACAGGCGAGUUGUGGACAAAAGCUGCUGAUAGCUGUAUACGAACCUUUUUUCCACAAAAUGGUUUCUGGGUUUUCGUAUUCGACAGUGUCAUGUCUUGACUUUUUUUAAAUCUUAGUCGAGGUCUUUUUUAUUAUGUACUGUCUAUCUGACUGACUGUUUCUUUGUGUUUUUUUUUUUUUCUGGUAAUAACAGGUUUCAUAAUUUGGUCGCGGUUGGGGUUAUAGGCUCCUGAUCGUGAGCAAAUAGCGAAAACCAAAGUAAACUAUAGCGUUGAAUCCGUUGGCCACGGAGAAUUGGUAUUAUUCUGCAAGUUCUUUACUACAGCAAGAGAGUAUACUCCCUUGACUAUGGGACAUUGGGCCGGGGGAACUUAGUAUUUUGACCCGGCAUAGGGGAGGAGGGAGGGGAGGGGGUACCCUGGCCAGAUUCCAAGUCACGGGGAUGAUCAAGUAUGUUUUUUUCUUGUUUUGAAAAUAUUUUGAACAAGUUUUUUUUUUUUAGCUGUGGCUUCACUUAAGUAUUCAAAAUAUUCGUUCUUUUUUUUGGUCUUGAUUUUCGCUUCCACGGGUCACUCACGACACUUGGAAUCCGAGGUACCCUCCUGUUUGGUACUUGAAGGCAAAAAAAAGCUGUUUCAAAACCUAGUAGGUAAAUAAAAGAAAAAUAAAUAUGCAGGGCUGUUUCUCUGGCGAUGAGGGGAGUUCUUGUCAAAAAAUGUGAAAACUGUAUUGAAAUUGCUGACAACAGCUACGAAAAUUUCGUGACAGCAUGCUGGCGUGACUAAAAGCGUGUGACCAAUUUCCGGUCACACGCCAAAGGUCAUACGAUCUUGUGCGAUGUUUAUUAUCAGCCGACGAACGAUUGAAGUGAUGAAAGGUUUUCAAAAUCGAAGUCAUUAGUUUGCGAUGAAUUUUAUUCCUUUUGCCUCCUGACUGAAGUAAAAACUCUUGUAACUCUUGCUUCGACGUGUUGGGACUUUCGAUUCACGACCGGAUUCGGACGCAGUUGCUGAGCAAACGUACGUUUGUCUUUUGGCUAAAAAUUAUUUAUUUUGUGACUCAAAAUGACGCAAAAGAAGUUGGAAAUAACUUUCCUUGCCGUGUUACAAGCAAUGGUGAGUAAUUCUUUCAUGUAAAACCUUUCUUUUUAGUUUGACAACCGUCCACAAGCCGUCUAAUUUGCAUAAAUUUCCCAAUUCAAUUGCUCUCACCGCUUGCUUUGGUGUCAGGAUGAUAUUUGAUUUCCAGAGCUAAAACUUUCCAGUAAGUUAUUACAAAAGCCAAGGUUCCAUUUUAUAUUGAUUUUAUGAUCAAGCGGCAUAUACCAGAGGCCUUUUUUAAUAGUCAAAGUUGGCCUUCAUUUUCUAGCACGUCUAACGUCACAAAUAUAACCUCUUUACACUUGUCGAUUAUAAAAAUGUAAAGCAUUGUUUAUCAAAUUUUCUUUUAAGGUUUUCAAGAGUAAGAACAAAAUAAUAAUUCAGUGAAGUUUCAAUGUCAGGGAAUGUUUCUUACGCGUUCACCCUUCUCUCGAAGUUGCCAUUGCAUCCUGCCGUGUUUUGUGUGAAAAACGAGCAUAAAAUCGAUUUUUCAAACUUUUCCUAAUUUCUCCUUUAAAAUGAAUCGUUUGAACCCAAAACUAUUUUUCCUUAAAUAAGGUCACUAAAAGGGAUGUUUUGGCAAAAUAAAAAAAAAAUCGAUUUUUUGACGAGUGUCGUGCGAUUCUCGAUUUUCUCAGAUAAUGGCUCUUAAUAUUAUUAUUAUUAUUACUGAAAGUGAAGAAUGAUCAUCGCAGUAAAUUUUCCAAUUUAAGCAAUUGGAAAGAAGAAGCAUGAAAAAAAAAAAAAAUCAGGGCUUCAACGGGAUUCGAACCCAUGACCUCCGCAUUGCCGGUGCGUUGUUAUUAUUACUGUUAUUAUUAUUCUAAAUUUUGUGAUAACUUAUUCUUCUUAUUUUUCCAGGCAGUUAAACUUCAACCUUGUAUAAUAUUUAUUGAUGAAAUAGGUAAGCAUAAAGGUUUUCUUCAUCAGUUAAUGCAAUGCUUCGGUACUACCAUGCAAACAGAGGUUUGUUGCUAGCAUCUUUCUGGCAUCACUUAUGAAGUCACUUACAUUGCUGUCAGUCAGGUAGUUGGUAUGUUUUCUCUUGAGGCUUGAAACAAACCUAUUAUGCAGCAAACAGCGAUGCGAAUGACUCUAUAAAUGCUUAAGUUGUUCUUUCUUUUCCUAUUCAUUUUGUGCUUGCAUUUAUGUGUAGUAUUUACAGUGCAAUAUGUCUGAAGAUAUGAUAUUGAUCUGUGUACAUGUAUGUUUCAGACUCUUUUCUUAGAAUGCGAGACAAAACUGAUCAUGAAGCUACAGCAAUGAUGAAGGCACAGUUUAUGAGUCUAUGGGAUGGUAAGCAUUUUGUUUAAUCUCGUACCCAGGCCGGAUCUGGUCAAGAAAGAAAAUUCUUUUUUUUUUAAUUUCCUGUACUUAAACUGCCAAGAGAGUAGGGUGAAGAAGUGGCAUGAGUGUUGUCAUUUGCACAUAAUUUCUAUCAGUUUAAGGUUAUUCAUACUUUACCAUCCGUACAAAAAUAAAAAUCUAAAGGGUAAUAAAUAGAUGGCAGGAUAGUAGCAUGGAGAAACUAAAUUAGAAAUAAUAAUGAUGAUAAGGACAAUGAUAAUAAUAAUGAUAAUAAAAAGUCUUUGCCUCCCAAAGUCCAUGGUUUGGACUCCGAUGUUGAUAGAGAAAAUCACUCGCAAUUACACUAGUGUAUCUCAUAUAUAAUAAUAAUAUUUUAUUAUUUUAUAUAGUGCCAUUUCCAGUGAUGUCCAAUGGGGCUUUACAAUAAAUGUUUAAAAUAUGACAAAUAUUGUUCAUAAGAGUAUUAGUAUGUGUAAUCAAAUGGUGAAGAGUGAAAUUAGGGAAUAAUUUCACGUGCGUUUUGUCCAAAUCCUUUUAAAUUAUUAGGAUUUGGACAAAACGCAAGUGAAAUUAUUUCCUAAUUUCACGAUUAUACCAUUUGAUUACCUAUUAAUGUCAUAGGUCACGAAUUACAAUCUUGGAUUUUUGACAUGUUUAUCCUGGAUCGUAUCGAUCGAAAACUCCACUCUCUCGAACAUUUAGAGCUUAAAUUUGGCUUAAGUUCAGAAUUUUUCGACAAAAUACCUGUUAAAAUCCCUCUUAACGUGCUCUUUCGUGUGUUCAGGUUUUCUAAAGCGUCUUUUUAUGCUCUCGCAUCUUCAUUCAUGACAUUUUAAAACUUCAUCACCAUCUUGACACUGAGACGUACGGAAGGUUGCCAUGGCAAUUUUGUAAUUUCACGUGUGAAAUUACAAAUUACCGCUGAAAUUUCGUGCCAAAAUAAUUAAGGAGUAAUUCGUCACCUAUGAUAUUACAUUGUGAAAUUACAUCACAUAGAAACAAAUUAAAUAUAAUAGAACUAACUGACAAAAAAAAUGUUUUCCUAAAAGCAAUCAAAAUUUAAAAGGACUAAUUUAAUAAAAACGCUUUCCCUUUCCUGGUUUUUUUUUAGGGCCACAAUCCUUUCGUGCAUGUAAACUGAUUUGUAUAUGCGCACAUCAAAAUGGUUUGUGCAAUUCAUUCUUUGCAACUCUUCAUGUUCAAAAAAUCUUUUUGUGUGUAAGGAAUUUUGCAAAGUAGGAGAAAACAAAGUUUUGUAACACAGAAAUCGAUGUUUAAUAAUAAAUAACAGUAAUAAUAACGUGGGCUGAGUUUUUGGUUUUUUAGGUCGUAAAUAAAUAAUUUAAAUCCAUGGCGUGAAUCUGUUUGAUUGUUUUACAGGUCUGAUGACUGAUUCAUCAUGUCAGGUUAUUGUUAUGGGUGCCACUAACAGACCUCAAGAUGUCGAUAGAGCAAUCCUCCGAAGAAUGCCAAGUACUUUUCAUGUGGGAUUACCGGUUAGUUUACCAUGUUACAGUUAAACAUUCCUUUUAUACAUGUAGUUUCUUUUUGGGCUUCCUCACCCAAUUCCUUUGCUUUGGUGUAAUCUUGUAUUCUAGUCCUUUGCAUUUUAGGGUAAAAUUAACUGAAUUCAAUUAACUACAGCUAUCAAUUUUUAACAGAUGUACCGGUAUAUUUAUGUACUGACAAUUUUUUUUCAUCAGAAUUUAGAACAACGCAAAGAAAUCUUGAACAUAAUUCUCCAGGGGGAAAAGGUAAUUAAUAAAAAGUACAAUGGAAAUGUCCAACAUGUAGGCCACUUUAAGGUGUCUGAAUAACUUGCUGACUUAAGUUUGGCAUCUUUUCUCUAACCAAAGGCUCUUAAUAUAUCAAAGAGAAUACUACUUGACUCGACAGUAUUAAUGGUAGUGUUGAUGAAUGUAAUACAGUUGAACCUCUAUGUGCGACCACCUCUUGUAAAGCAACCACCUUCCAUAAGAAACCUCCAGUCCAAACACUAAUAAAAUUUUCUAAGUCAAAUCACUACAGUUAGAAACUCUUGUUAUCCUCCACCCCUUGUAAGAGACCUCCAGCACUUUUUUGGAUGACGGUUUGUACAAUUUUCCAUUUUUUACCCUGGUAAGAGAGCAUUCGCCCUAUCAUUUUAACUCUAAUGUUCACUGACUGUACUACAUACCAGCAUGCAAAGAAAGUAUGCGAUAGGAAGGAAGUGUCCAAUAGGCCGGGGCUGGUGGAUUUUGGUUUCGGGCUGGUGAAUUCUGUUCUUAACUUGCCCGACGGGCAAUUGAAAUAUUUUGAGGGAUUCAACUUACAGAAGAAGUGUGAAAUCAAUUCUGCUCAUCACAAAAUUUGGGGGGGGGGGGGGGGCUAGUUGAAAUGAUGUUUGGGCUGGUAAAUGCUAGCUUCAGCUUGCCUGACUGGCAAGCUGUAAAAAUGACCUUUUUUGCCCCCUGCAUACGCUACUCAUAGUACGCAAAAAAAGAGUAAUUUUAGUGUCAACAUGAAACUACCAGAUUGUGACUUAGAAAUUGCAUGCAAUGAACUCUUUCAAAAUGAAGACGUAUUCAAACAUUUCCUAAGAAAAGACCCCUGACCCUGUGGAUCAAUUCUCGUAAGUGGCCACUCAAUGUAAGCGACCACUACAUCUUUGCAUUUUAGGUGGUUGCUUACGGAAGGUUUCACUGUAUUUCACUUGGACAGCUCUAUCAAAGUAAAAAUUGAAUACUUUAUAUCUCAGAUUUAACUCAGUCAAAAACUACAUGUAUUUUCUAAAGUUCACUUUUUCUUUGUUUUUUGCAACUUGUCAUUCUUAGGUUGAAGAGGAUGUUGAUUUUGAUGAAUUAGCAGCAAUAACUGAAGGAUUCUCUGGUAGUGGUUUGAAGGAGAUAUGUGAGUUUUAGUUUAAGUACAUCCACAAGCACUUCAUCAGUGUUUCAAUGAACUCCUAACUAACAGUAUUAAAAUUAGUGAUAAUUAUCGCCGUUUAAAGAGUUUUUUGACAAGGCUAACAAGUUUCCGAGGUGAAAAAUUUCCCUAGAAAGUAAGAUGAGAAGCAAUGGAACCCCCCCCCACAAAAACGUUAACUUCGUCUGACAGAAAGACUAGAAUACAUGCUUUUAAAAAAAAAUUAAUGCAACAAUUCAGUAACUUUGUUCUUAACACACCUUGUUUGGUUUUUCAGGUCGGGUUGCAGCUAUGUCAUGUGUAAGAGACUUCAUGAAAGCCAGAAACAAUUCUCAAUCAUCGUAAGUUGUGUUUUGUGUUCUAUUUUGAAACAGAAAUAAGGGACUUGUAAUUACACUGUAAGGCUAUUUCAUGGCACUUCUAUUGAUGUUCAUUGUAUAAAAGUUCUGAUCUAGAAGGGAAGUUUCUUUCCAAAGUUACUAGUUCUGUACCAGGGAAGUUUACAAAAAGGUUUCACUGAAAGGAACUUUUUAUCAAGGCUUUGCCACGAAUCCUCUGGAGAAUGAGGGUACUUCUCUUCUCCUUGAAGAGGGUUUUUAGUACCGAUGCAUGCAGCUUGUUUUAAAAUGGUGUUAAAUGACGCAAUUAGAGUCUGAAACCAUUUGCAAAUUAACAUUCUCUAGGUACCAUAGUUACAGAGAACAUUGUGAUGUUCAGUCUGUUAAGACAUAGACAAAGGAAACAUGUCAGUCUUAGAGGAUUUUCUAACCCAUUUGUAACAUAUAUAAGGCAUAGGUUUUUCAUUGCUACCUCGCUUUAGUCGUUUUUUGAUUGCAUAAUUUCCCUCUAUUUCCCCCACUUCCCACCCUCUUACAUCUCCCACUUCUCAAUCUCUCAUCUCCUGCCCCCCCCUCUUACCAACCCCUCCCACCCCCUUUUAUAUUGGGCUGCCACCACCCUGUCCUCCCUCACUAACAAGAUUACUUUCCCUCAGUGCAGUUUUUCUUUCUCUCUUUUUUUAAAGGAAUGAAAAAAUGAUGUUUAGUUUCAGAAAUUACUCAAUGUAUUUUUCCUACUAAAUUUAUCUCUUUUUUACAGGGGUGUUAAACUAGGUGAUGAAAGUGUCAAGUCACAUCUGCGACCAAUUCAAAUGAAUGACUUCAUAGUAGCUGUUGAGAAAUCAAAGUCAAAUACAGAUUUCCACAGAUGACAAGAUCCUUGAUUGUCAGUCAGAAGUGCAAAGGAAAGACCUGUGUUACCAUAUGAAAUGGAAAAGAAGAGUCAGAGGCUGAAUAACUAACCACCUCACCUCAGAGUUCAGAACCGACUGUGCAUCUUGUCUUGUCUACUGAAACACUGUCUGGUGACUGAUUGAAAAGCCUAUCUUUUUUAGUCAAAGGGAAGCUCAGGAGAUAAAGACCUGGUCUCUCACUUGUUAUUGUAGUGUUGGGAGUUGGCUGAGAUUUUAUAGUCACUCAUCCCAAACAAUUGGAUUGGCCAACCUUUGAACCUGACCGAUCAUUGAUUGUAGUCGGAAAAACCUUUCCACAGAAAUUCCAUUUGUUUUUCACCUAUCUGCCAAUCAAAGUAGAUGUGGUACAAAUUUUUUAAAGUCUUUCGACUGUGAAGAACCACUAAGCUCAGAAUUUUUUUCUAUGCUUCCGGGUAAUCAAGUUUUCUUUCUUUUUUAAUUACGACACCAUUAAAAAGACAACAUACAAGUAUUUAUUUGCCAACGAGAAAUUUUAUUCUUUUCCUAUGGUAAUUGAUUAAAUAUUUCUAUAAUCAAUUAUCUCAUUGCUUAAAGAGUUGAAUCGAUGAUCGGCACACUACUAGGUUAUUAGAGCGGACGGUUUUUUUAAAAAUUGAUUUUAUGAGCUGGUUACUUAAACAACGUUUAGCUUAGACAGUGGCUUAAGACUAUCAAUAAACCUCCAAAUUUGUUUCUUAGUGGUUAAAUAUAGUUUCCAUAAAAACGUUUACAUGCUCAUCAAAACGUUUUAUUUAGCAAAAUGACAUGGAACGCAGUUUUGAUGAGCACUAGCUAAAUUCUUUAUGUAUGGAGUUCUCUUGUUAACCUCUCUCAAAAGGAAAGGGCGAUUUUUAUUUUUAUUUAAGGAAGACUAGGAAUAAUAUAAAAGCAUUAGUCAAAACACAAAUUUUAGGGAGGUAAAACAUUUCACAGUUUACAAGCGUCUGUAUCGAAAACCACUGACGCCUGCCUGGGUGGCAGGAGCCUGUCUUCCCGUAAAAAAAUCUUUAAAUUUUCGGCAGCCGUAGCAAUUUUUAAUUUAUAUUCUAGGAACAAAAUAGCGUAGGCAAAACUCGAGUCGCUUUUGUCUCUGCUUUGCGGCUAGGCCUACGUCACUCUCAAUUUGCUGAUACGUGAUUGGUCACGGCAAAAUGACUGCUUGGGGUAAAUAUGGUUCUGGGUGGGAGACUAAAUUAGACGCUGCUGAGUGCUUUUGCUUUACUUCCUCAUGGAUAGCAGCGAUAUUCUUGGUGACGAUGGAAGGGAAGCCGUAUUUGCUGUUAUCAAAGUGUCUGUUUUAAAGAAAAAACCUCGGACUUUUCACCAAGCUGUUAGCGAGUUCAUGAACGGAAGAGGGCGAGAGAUUCCGAACGAUCUAGACCAAAUUCCCAACGAUAAGUGCCCUUUCAAAAUUCCUGUUGCUGAAGAUAGGAGUGAGGGUGAUUAUGAGGAGGUUGAUUAUGGUUCUGGCCUCAUCAUACGUAAUAAAUUAAUCAUUACUGCAUAUCACGUUGUCGCAGAUGCCACUGAGAACAGUGCGGUCGAAAUGGAAAUUCGUGUUUCUAAUGCACGAAUUAAUGGGUUGAAAUGUCAAGUUGUUAAAUGUGAUGAACAGAAUGACUUAGCAUUACUUAAAUGUGAAGAACUGGAUGUAAAGGAAAUUGGAAUCUCUCCAUUACAGUUGUCUACGGAAGCUCCUUUGCAAGGAAUGUCAGUCUUUACCCUUGGAUAUCCAGUCAGUCAUACAGGUAAAACCGCUCUGUUUCUAAAUGGAUGCGUUGCCGGUGAAACUGGCGAACGUCAUGGAAGGCCGCAUCCUUUGAUUACUUUAAAUAUUCCACUAGAUUGUGGCAGUUCAGGUGCUCCUGUAUUUUGGCGGUGCAAGGGUGAGUUAAGCGUGGUUGCUGUCGUCAAGGAAAAACAUCUAAAGCGUGUUUCCAGCUGUUGGGAGGAGGAGAGCCUUGUUGAGAAAGUCCGAUCUUCAUUAAAUACAUUUUCUACAGACACUAUAAAUUGGGAUCUACAGGCUGCCUUAGGAAUGCUGCGUAUAUUCGUGUCACUGAUGGACAAAUGGCUUGAUUCCUCGGAAAAAAAUUGUCAGCGUUAUUUAUCUAAUGCUGUGCGAGCUGAUUUUGUGAGCGACUUGUUAAAUAAGCAAUAAAAAUACUAAGGAUAGUUUUAAAAGUAAUCGAUAAAUUUUGUAUCAUGUAGUUAAGAGCCAAUUGCUUGAAGAUCCUAAUUUGAAGUUUCCGCAGUUCAUGAUCGUUUUGUUCUUGGAAUAAUCAGUGAAUUAUGUCCUUUUG